CCCAGCGUUCACAUCUCAGCCACUUCCCUGCGGGCUCCACAACCUGCCGAGCCCCAGGAGCACAGGCUGAGCCUCGCCUCGCUCCGCUGCGCCCCUGGGCUGAAGCGCCGACGGGAGGCAGCGCUCCCAGGGAACCGUGUAGCAGACACAGGGAAGCCGGACGCCGUCGGGCAGAGAUCCUCGCGCUCCCGGACUCCGCAGCUGCCGGCAGCCCUGCGCCAGGCGCCCCAGACAAAGGGCCUGUCUAGCCCGGGAGCGGUCUCCCGCCUCGGCCCGGCAUGUCGGCCGUGCGCAGACACCUCUGGGACGAGUACCAGGCGGUGGGCUCAGCCCGGGGCAGCGCCCGCAGGAAGCGGCAGCGCUUCGUGGACAAGAACGGGCGCUGCAACGUGCAGCACGGGAACCUGGGUGGCGAAAGCAGCCGCUACCUCUCCGACCUCUUCACCACGCUGGUGGACCUCAAGUGGCGCUGGAACCUGCUCAUCUUCCUGCUGACCUACACGGUGGCCUGGCUGGUCAUGGCCUCCAUGUGGUGGGGCAUCGCCUACCUGCGGGGCGACCUGCACCGCGCGCACGAGCAGAGCUACCAGCCCUGCGUGGCCAACGUGUACAACUUCCCCUCCGCCUUCCUCUUCUUCAUCGAGACCGAGGCCACCAUCGGCUACGGGCACCGCUACAUCACCGAGCGCUGCCCCGAGGGCAUCGUGCUCUUCCUCUUCCAGUCCCUGCUCGGCUCCAUCGUGGACGCCUUCCUCAUCGGCUGCAUGUUCAUCAAGAUGUCCCAGCCCAAGAAGCGAGCCGAGACCCUCGUGUUCAGCCGGGCCGCCGUCAUUUCCCAGCGGGACGGCAGGCUGUGCCUCAUGUUCCGGGUGGGGAACCUGCGCAACAGCCACAUGGUCUCCGCUCAGAUCCGCUGCAAGCUCAUCAAGUCCCGACAGACACCUGAAGGGGAAUUCCUGCCAUUAGAUCAAUGUGAGUUGGAUGUUGGAUUUGGAACUGGAGCUGACCAGCUGUUUUUAGUUUCUCCUUUAACCAUCUGUCAUGAAAUCAACCCCAAAAGCCCCUUUUUUUGUCUCUCUCAAAGAUCGCUAAGAAGUGAGCAGUUUGAGAUCGUUGUCAUCCUUGAAGGAAUUGUUGAAACUACUGGAAUGACGUGUCAGGCUAGGACCUCCUACACAGAAGAUGAAGUUCUUUGGGGCCACAGAUUCCUCCCAGUAAUGUCCCUAGAGGAUGGCUUUUUUCGUGUGGAUUACUCUCAGUUUCAUGCCACCUUUGAAGUCCCCACACCUCCUUAUAGUGUAAAAGAACAGGAGGAAAGCCUGUCUCUUCCAUCUCCUUUCAAUACUCCUAUUGGUAACAACCGAAACAGAAGGAAACACAUCUGCUCACUUGACUGUAUUGAUAUUUUAGAAGAGAAAACAAACAAGUUUCCUAGUAAACUGCAAAAACUUAGCUCCAGAAAGGAAGGCCUUCAGAGAAGAGUCCUGAGAAUGAGUUCCAGCAAUGUAGAGAAAGCUUGCAGUACUGGAGAUCUCUUAAAAAUUCAGCAGAUAAGUUCUGUUCCCAGCAAUGAAGAUGGUGAUGAAAGGAUACAACUGAAGGCCUUCAGAAUCAAAUCUGAGUCUUUGACUCAGUCUACUGGAGAUCUUGAGUUACAGAAAAAGCCUCAAGGUAUGCUCACCUUAGGGACAAGACUAGAGGAUAAUUUGCCUGCCAAACUUCGAAAAAUGAAUUCUGAUCGCCUCUCCUAAAUAACAGAAUUGCAUUUUAGACUUCUGUCCUUCAGGAUUAUUUUGGAAUACUACUGUGAUAAUAUGGUUUUGCCAAGGGAUUCUUCAUAAAUAACAAUUUUCAAAAUUAAUUAGCAUUUUUCUAUAAUAUUCAAUACAAAUUAUGAUUUAUGUAGCAUGGUAACUGUACAAGGUGCUAUACUGUAAGUUCAUUGUGCCAAAUAAACAAGUCUCUGCUUUAAA